UCGUUUCUGUUGAAUUGUGGAAAAUACGCGGUGCGCUUAAGACGCGUGUGCAACUCUGAAUAAAAAUAUUUUAUUAAAAUUUAGUAUUUAUAAAUUAUUGUAUAUACUGAAUUUACGGGCAGGGCAGUUAAUGCUUUUGUGUUAUUUUAUUUAAAAAAAUUUUCUGCAAAAAGAUUUCAUAUAUUUUGGCGCGAAAUUAUUGCCUUCGCAGCUGCCUGCCUGCUAUUGUUCAGGCCGGAUUUUGGCAAUUCUCAGAACGAAAGCAUAAACAAAAGUAAAUCACAUAAACAGGGAUUUGUUUAAAGUACAAACUACACAUUGUCUAAAUAUGGAGAGUGAUUCAUUGAAUCGUAAAAAUUCUUCACGGAAAAAUUCUGUGGUGAAUGGAAAUGGUGAAACCCCCGCAAAAGUUACUGCCGAUGACGGUGGUGGGGAAGUAACGCUUAAAGCAAAAAUGAGUCUGAUAAAUGGCUGUACUGUUAUUGUUGGAUCAAUUAUUGGUUCUGGUAUUUUUGUUUCACCCACUGGUGUCUUGAUGAAUACUGGAAGUGUUAAUUUAUCUCUCAUCGUUUGGGUUAUAUCUGGUUUAUUCUCAAUGGUCGGUGCAUACUGCUAUGCGGAACUGGGUACAAUGAUAACGAAAUCUGGAGCUGAUUACGCUUAUAUUAUGGAAACUUUUGGACCAUUUUUGGCUUUUAUACGUUUAUGGAUUGAAUGCAUGAUAGUACGUCCUUGUUCACAAGCUAUAGUGGCAUUAACGUUCAGUGUUUAUGUGUUGAAACCCUUCUUUCCCGAAUGCCAACCACCAGAAGAUGCUGCCCGCUUACUCGCCGUUUGCUGUAUUUUGGUCUUAACUUUUGUCAACUGCUGGGACGUUAAAUGGGCCACCGCUGUGCAGGAUAUUUUCACAUACGCCAAACUGCUAGCACUAUUCGUCAUCAUUGGUUCCGGCAUGUACCAGUUGUACACGGGCAAUGUACAGUAUUUCACUUUUGAAAAUACGGACACAAGAGUAACUUCGCUGGCGCUGUCAUUUUACUCCGGAUUAUUUGCUUACAAUGGUUGGAAUUAUUUGAAUUUCAUUAUUGAAGAAUUGAAAGAUCCUGUUAAGAACUUACCCCGCGCCAUUGCCAUUUCAUGUACUUUAGUUACAAUCGUCUAUGUCUUGGCAAAUGUUUCCUUCUAUACUAUUUUAUCACCAGAUGAAGUUUUAGGCUCACAAGCUGUAGCCGUAACCUAUGCAGAACGUGCAUUCGGCAUGUUCGCUUGGACUAUUCCAGUCUUUGUGGCAUUAUCCACAUUUGGUGCAGUCAAUGGUAUUUUAUUAACUUCAUCGCGUCUCUUUUAUGCUGGCGCCAAUGAAGGACAGAUGCCCGAAAUUUUGACCAUGAUACAAAUACAACGCUUCACUCCCACACCAGCUGUUUUGGCCAUGGCAUUGCUCUCAAUGUUGUACUUGACUGUUUCUGAUAUAUUUGCGCUGAUAAAUUAUGUUGGUUUUGCUACUUGGUUGAGUAUCGGUGUAGCUGUACUAUGUUUGCCUUGGUUACGUUGGGCCCAACCAAAUUUGCCACGUCCUAUUCGUGUUCCAUUGGUAUUCCCUAUUGUUUACUUGAUUGCAACGGUUUUCGUUACGGUGGUGCCUAUGUAUGCUAGUCCAGUUGAAACUGGCUAUGGUGUGCUGAUGAUACUUUCAAGCAUACCAGUUUAUUUAGUAUUUGUUGCUUGGAAAAAUAAACCAAUUUGGUUCCAGAAAUCAAUGGGUGGUUUCACACAAGCUCUACAAAAAAUGAUGAUGGUUGUUCGACCAAAAGCUACUGCAAAGUAAGCUUAACACAUUUCCUACAAAAGGUGCUUAUGGUACUCGGAAAAACUAAGCCAGCUCAGGUGUAAAAUUCAUAAAAUCUAUGAAAACUGUGAGAAUUUAAGUAACUAAGUAUGAAGUACAUUUUAAGGACAGAAUUUGCAUUUUCUAAAACUAGCAAUGAAUAAAAUAUGACGAAUUAUAAUUUCAUAUUAAAAAAAUCUAAACAAUUAAUAUAUAAUUUAUUACAA